UAUUCGCUUAUAAAUAGGCUAUCUCACUUCCACUUCAAAUGCAUCUUUCACAUUUACUAUAACAUAAGAGAAAGCAAUGACACACAAAGUUGUUAUGUCUCUCCUUCCUUUUGUUUUGCUCUUGUUGAUUAAUGGCCAAAUAAGUUUUGCUAGAUAUAUAAAACUUGAAGAAAAAGAAGUUGAUCAACCUUACCUUGAUGGCUGGCUCAAAAAUCCAUUGAAGAACCAAAAACUCAUUUCUAACUCCAACCAAGUAUAUCUUGAUGGAUGGUUGAAAGAUACCAGAUCUGAGGGAGCAAAAUCCACCUCUGAAUCCAACCAAGUAUACCUUGAUGGAUGGUUGAAAGAUACUCGAGCCGAAAAAACAAAAUCUAAUGCUGGCUCUAACCAAGUUUAUCUUGAUGGAUGGUUGAAAGAUACUAGAGCAGUGAAAGAAAAAUCCGCCCAUAACACCAACAAAGUUUACCUUGAUGGAUGGUUGAAAGAUACCCGAGCAGAGAAAGAAAAAACCACCUCUGACUCUAACCAAGUUUACCUUGAUGGAUGGUUGAAAGAUACCAGAACAGAGAAACCAAAGUCCACAUCUGAAUCCAACCAAAUUUACCUUGAUGGAUGGUUGAAAGAUACUCGAGCUGAAAAAGCAAAAUCUACGGCUGGCUCCAACCAAGUUUAUCUUGAUGGAUGGUUGAAAGAUAUUAGAGCAGAGAAAGAAAAGUCUGCCCAUAACUCUAACCAAGUUUACCUUGAUGGAUGGUUGAAAGAUACCCGAGCUGAGAAAGAAAAAUCCAACGCUGGCUCUAACCAAAUUUACCUUGACGGAUGGCUGAAAGAUACCAGAGCAGAGAAACCAAAGUCCACAUUUGAAUCCAACCAAGUUUACCUUGAUGGAUGGUUAAAAGAUACCCGAGCAGAGAAACAAAAAUCUAUAUCUGAAUCCAACCAAGUUUACCUUGAUGGAUGGUUGAAAGAUAGUCGAGCAGAGAAAGAAAAAUCCACCUCUGAUUCCAACCAAGUUUACCUUGAUGGAUGGUUGAAAGAUACCCGAGCAGAGAAACCAAAGUCCACAUCUGAAUCCAACCAAGUUUACCUUGAUGGAUGGUUGAAAGAUACCCGAAUAGAGAAAGAAAAAUUCACCCCUGACUCCAACCAAAUUUACCUUGAUGGAUGGUUGAAAGAUACCCGAGCAGAGAAACCAAAAUCCAUAUCUAACUCCAACCAAGUUUACCUUGAUGGAUGGUUGAAAGAUAGCCGAGCUAAGAAAGAAAAAUCUACAGGUGACUCCAACCAAGUAUAUCUUGAUGGAUGGUUGAAAGAUAUUAGAGCUGAGAAAGCAAAGUCCGCCCAUAACGCGAACCAAGUUUACCUUGAUGGAUGGUUGAAAGAUACCCGAGCAGAGAAAGCAAAAUCCACCUCUGACUCCAAUCAAGUUUACCUUGAUGGAUGGUUAAAAGAUACUCGAGCAGAGAAAGAAAAACACACUUCUGAUUCCAACCAAGUUUACCUUGAUGGAUGGUUGAAAGAUACUAGAGCAGAGAUACCAAAAUCCACAUCUGACUCCAACCACGUUUACCUUGAUGGAUGGUUGAAAGAUACCCGAGCAGAGAACUAAAAAUCUAUCGCUGACUCCAACCAAGUUUAUCUGGAUGGAUGGUUGAAAGAUAUCAGAGUUGAGAAUGAAAAAUCUACCCCAGACUCCAAGCUAGUUUAUCUUGAUGGAUGGUUAAAAGAUACCAGGAUGUAGAUUAUAUCUUUGUUUAUUAAUGCCUAUGUCAUUCACGUUAUUUUAAAUGUUAUCCUAUGUUUUAAAUUUAUAUGUAUUGUAUGAUCUUAUUUCUAUGUACUAAGUAAGGUGUCAUUGUGUACUAAAUAAUUUAGUUUUUCUAUGAGCUA